UAAUGCAUGAAUGAGUGAGUGAUUGAAAUCAAUGUGUUUUUAUAUGAAUUGUCAACAAAACGGUAAUUGAGUUUCAAUUUUGCGGAUCAAUUGAAGUGAUUAGUGAAGACAAUAAUAAUGGAGACACUUCUGGAACAACAGAGAAGAUAUCACGAGGAAAGGGAACGUCUGGAGGAGUCGAUGGUUAGGGAGAAUAUGACCAAAAAGAGUUCCAAUAGGGAUCAAAUCAAUUCCGACCACAGAUUGAAAAUACUUCUUGACCGAUACGUCGAGUGCACCGAAAACCUUCUGGAGCUCUACGAAGACAAAGAUGGCGCCCGAAAGGCAGAGGUGGACGCCAUGUCCGGACCCAAUGAGUUCUCCGAGUUUUACGCGCGGCUGAAGAACAUUAAAGAGUUCUACAGAAGACAUCCAAAUGAGAUCAGUAUUCCGAUGGCCGUCGAGUUCGACGAGUUGUUCAAAUUGCGAGACAAUCCAAAUGAGAUUAAUUUGGUUGACUUCACCGACGAAGAGGGUUACGGCAAGUUCUUGGAUCUGAACCACUGUUUUGAGAAGUAUCUCAAUCUGAAAGGCGUCGACAAAAUCGACUAUUUGUCGUAUUUAUCACUUUUCGACCAACUCUUCGAUAUGCCAAAGGAUAGGAAACUGAACGCCGAUUACGUCCGCUAUUUGGAGACACUUCUGGACUAUUUGCAGGAUUACUGCUCACGAGUUAAACCAUUGCUAUCGCUUCAAACCUUAAUGGAGAAAGUAUUGGUCGACUUUGACAAGCAGUGGGAGUCGGGAUCGUUCCCGGGAUGGCCGAAAGAGGCGGGCAGUGCUUUGACCCAUUCGGGAGCGCAUUUGGAUUUAUCCGCUUUUACAUCGGUUGAAGAGUUGGCGUCACUCGGUUUGGAUCGGCUUAAGUCGGCUCUCAUCGCACUGGGACUCAAGUGUGGAGGUACUUUAGACGAAAGAGCGCAGCGUUUGUGGCAAACAAAAGGCAAAUCUGUGGAAGAAAUCGAUCCGUCAUUAUUCGCGAAGACGUCUAAAGGAAAAGCCGGCAAAUCAAAGGACACGGAGAGACAGAAGGAGACGGCGAUACUCGAGGCGCAGAUCUAUAAGCUGUCGGAGAUAUUGUCAGAGCAAAGACAGGCGACCAAAGAGAACGUACAGCGAAAGCAGGCGCGCACUGCCGGCGAACGACAGGAAUCCGAUGAAGAGGUGUCCGAAUCGGAGUCGGAAGAGGAGACUGAGACGGAUGUCAUCUACAAUCCGAAGAACCUGCCCCUCGGUUGGGACGGGAAGCCCAUACCCUAUUGGCUGUACAAACUGCACGGUCUGAACAUCACAUAUACGUGUGAGAUAUGCGGAAACGCCACUUAUAAGGGCCCGAAAGCGUUUCAGCGGCACUUCGCUGAGUGGCGUCACGCGCACGGCAUGCGGUGUCUCGGGAUCCCAAACACCGCUCACUUCGCUAAUGUCACACAAAUAGAGGACGCGUUGGCUCUCUGGCAGAAACUCAAAGAAGAAAAACAUAAGGAGAAGUUCCAGGCGUCCAAUGAAGAGGAAUAUGAGGACACACAGGGAAAUGUGGUCAAUAAGAAGACAUAUGAAGAUCUUAAAAGACAAGGACUCCUAUGAUUUUCUGAGCCAUAAACCCAAUCAUUACGUCAAUUGUAUUAC